ACAACAGCAAAUCAAACAGAACAUUUAUCAAACAGGAAAUAAGUAGUUUAUUACGUGAUAAAGCUGUUUACCAGGGAAUCCUGAGACCCCUCUAGAGCAUGUUAGUCUACUGUGCUAAUUGCUGUACAGGGAGAGUGAUUGGCUCAAGUUACUGAUGCGACUUCAGCUGAAAUGAAAUUGCUAAUGAAUGUGUUACAAUUGAAGAGCUCAAAAGUGAGAGGAAAAGAUCAAUUAGGCUGGCAAUACUUGAAAGAGUGAGUUUGUAGUGCUCUUAAGAUAACCUUUGAAAGCAAGCCCCCUUUUUUGCUUUGGUAUGAUGGUAUUCUUGUUAUAACAUUCAAUAGGAUAGUCUCAUUUCUUGAUAGAAAGAACAUCCCUUGUUCCUUUAGGACACAAAUACGAGAAUAAAUUAUACUGAGAAAGACAAAGUAGCACAAAGAAAGAUCUGGAUGAUACCUACAGAAGAUUUUCCUGCAUGUGGUAUAUCUAACAAAAAGAACUAGAAUGUCUGGGCAUGGCAAAAAGCCAGCAAAACCUGUAAAUGAAGCCAGGAAAAACAACUCUGCAAAAGCUGGACUGCAGUUUCCAGUGGGCCGCAUCAGGCGGCUCCUAAAAUGGGGGAACUAUGCAGAAAGAGUUGGUGUCGGAGCCGCGGUGUACCUGGCUGCCGUGCUGGAAUAUCUGACGGCAGAGAUAUUGGAGCUGGCAGGCAAUGCUGCUGACAAAAACAAGAGAAAACGAAUUGGGCCACGCCACAUCCAGCUGGCGGUGAGGAAUGAUGAAGAGCUGAACAAGCUGUUUGCAGGUGUGACCAUUGCUGAAGGUGGGGUUCUUCCUAACAUCCAUGCCCAGCUUCUUCCCAAGAAGACCAUGUUGCCUAAAGAAGCCAUAGAAGAUACUCAGUCACAGGAAUUCUAAAACUCGCUACAUUUUCCUAUCUUGCAAGAAGAGACUCCGUUACAACGAUAAUAUCAGAAUCUUAGCUUUUGGUAUUGAAUUUCCAUACCGUUUAUUGAACAAUACCUUGAAAUAAUUCCCAAUGUUAUUUUUCAAAUAAUGUUAAAAUAAAGAUUAAUGUUUAAAUACACAAA